UCAUUAUUCUCUUCCUCUCCCUCUCUCUGUCUCGCUCCCUCUGUCUCUCACUCCAUUCCUCUGGGCUCUGCAUAUUUCUUGCUUCUUCUCACAAGUCACAUUGUGUUUGUAAGUAUGCGCUGAAUGUCUCCCUGUGUAUGCUUGGGUUUCCUUAAGUCUUUUUCUAUGUUUGAGUGACUGCUUGCCUACUUGAGUGUGAGUGAGUGGAGAAGUGAGCUGUAUUAAGUGUAUGUGGGUCUCUGUCUCUCCCUCACACACUCGCGGCUCCUCUUGCAACUCUUCCUGGGAUCUCCAGGUCCCUUUCCUCGGUGACAGGCUCCCCACACUAAACAGUCACCAUUUCCGCCCCCGGGAGACCCACUCUGGCUGCGCAGCCCCUUCCCCGACUCAGCAUCGGGAGGAAGACCCUGGUGGCGGCUGCUGUGGGGGUUAUGCUGGUCCUGGUGCUGGUGGUGCUCAUCCCUGUGCUUGUCAGCUCCGUGAGUACAGAUGCCAGCCACUAUGAGAUGCUGGGCACCUGUCGAAUGGUGUGCGACCCUUACACGAACAAGGGCACUCCAGCCAGCAGCACCAGCUCCACUGGUCUGCAGGGAGAGGCAGAGGCACUAACUGACCACAGCAAUGUUCUGCCACCAUCCACCCUGCAGCAGGGUCCGCAGGGAAAGCCUGGCAGGCCAGGAAAGCCAGGGCCACCUGGACCACCUGGACCCCCCGGACCACCUGGUGAACCGGGGCUACCAGGGCCCCCAGGUGACAGAGAGGAUCAUGGAAUUUUGGGUCUGGGGGGUAACGGAGCUAUCAGCACAGCCACCUACAGCACAGUGCCCCGGGUGGCUUUCUAUGCCGGGCUUAAAAACCCCCAUGAAGGCUACGAGAUCCUAAAGUUUGACGACGUGGUCACCAAUCUUGGCAACAACUACGAUGGCAUUUCGGGCAAGUUCAUUUGCAGCAUACCGGGUACAUACUUCUUCAUCUACCAUGUGCUGAUGAGAGGAGGGGAUGGCACAAGCAUGUGGGCAGACCUCUGCAAGAACGGUCAGGUUCGUGCAAGUGCCAUUGCCCAAGAUGCUGACCAGAACUAUGACUACGCCUCAAACAGUGUCAUCCUCCAUCUGGACGCAGGCGAUGAGGUGUACAUCAAACUAGAUGGCGGCAAAGCCCACGGCGGCAACAACAACAAGUACAGCACCUUCUCUGGCUUCAUCCUUUACGCAGACUGAGAACAAAUAGACAGAGACUGUCAAAAGAGGAUACUCAAAGGCAGAGUUUCAUGACAAGGGGUGAGACUUUGUGUGUGUUAAAAAAAGCCAGAAUGCUUUCUAGUUUUCCGAAUUCUCUCCAUCAUUGCAGUCACCUCUGCUUCAUAUCCAUCAGCCAAGACAUUCAGGCUCCACAGCCAAGCCCGGAUGGAAAGCUCUCAGAGGACACACUAAGACCAGCUAGCAGGUGGCGUGGGAGGAGUGGGAUGUUAGAUGGGCUGGUUUUCCGCACCCCUUGCCACAUUACCGACGUGUCAGAAGCUCCUCACUUACAGCGUCUCUCCUCUUUAGCCCUGCUCCAUUGCACAGAGAUAUCAACAGAAACGACAACCCUGCAAAAGUGGAUGAUUUCACCUGUUUACUCCACAGUGGCAGCAGUCAGCUGUACCUUCAGUGGACUGGACUGACUGAAGCUUGUAGUGUUGUUCCGUGCAAAUUUACCUAGAUUGUGUUUUUAUUUUGUUGACAUGCAUACUAUUCUACACAAAAGAGAUCUAGAAAAAAAAUAAUACAUUUGUCCCUUGUGAAGAUAUCCUGUUUGAAUGAGAGAUGUUAAUCGUGAUGCAUAUAAGAGAUCUAACAGUUGGAAAAGAAAUAUUUAAAUCAAGACUUUCAGUAUUCUAUUGCAGUGGGUGUUUUUUCCUUAUUGGGUAUUACAAGGUAUCUACUGUAUAUAUUAUUCAUGUGGAGAAUAAUUAUACAUUCUGCACUUUCAAUAUAUAUUAAAAAGGUAACAUCACGUAUAGAUAAUGCCCCUCUCACUCUGUUUCUUGCACUGUCACACAAUGUCCUGCUUCUGUUCGGAUUAAAGCAGACUUUAAAUAAU